AUGCUCAAAGACAAGAUCAAGGAGAAGAAACCGGCAAGUAUAACCUGUGAUGCGGAUGCUCUGGAGCUCUACCGUGCGUUCAAGGAUGGUGCGUUGUUGAACAGCGAAGGUGCCAAAGCUGUAACGCUCAACGACCUUCAACGCUCCAACUUCAGCGUUAAGCUGGACGACUGCACGUCAGAGGUCAGUAGCGAAAACGUCCCAGGCGUAGAACUUGACGAGGAGUAA